AUGGCCGGUGAACAAGACAAAAAACCCGCCGUCCUGAUUGUAGGUGGUCUAGGCUUCAUCGGCCGACACCUCGCUCUCCAUCUCCACGAAAACAACCUAGCGUCCGAGGUCAGGCUUGUGGACAAGGUUCUUCCCCAGUUGGCUUGGUUGGCGCCCGAGUUUGAGGAGGCUUGUUCCAGGGACAAAUUCGUUCAGGCCGAUGCCAGUCGAGAACAGCACUUUCCUCGUAUCUUUGACCGCGCGAACGGCGAACAAUUCGACUAUGUGAUCAACUGCGGCGGCGAAACGCGACAUUCGCAGCCGGACGACGUCUACGAACUCCGCAGCUACGCCCUGACCGUGGCGCUUGGCCGUGAAGUGGCCCGACGGGGCAUCCGCUCUUUCGUUGAGUGCUCAACCGCCCACGUCUACAAGCCUGGCUCCGGCCCGCGGAAAGAAGACGACAAACUCGAACCGUGGCACAACCUGGCCAAAUGGAAGCUGAAGGCGAGCGAUGAGCUCCGGAAGAUCCCCGGUCUGAACUACUGCCUCCUACGCCUUCCAUACGUGUACGGCGAGUAUUGUUCCGGGUAUUUCGCAACGGGUAUCUGUCUGGCCCGGGUGCAUCUGGAGAUGCAGAAAGAUCUGGAGCUCCUUUACACCAAGGAUCUGAAAAUUAACACCGUUUAUGUUAAAGAUGCGGCUAGCGCCCUGUGGAAGGCUGCGGAAUGGCGAUACAAUGCCCCUGCGGAUGAAUCAACUCCCUUGGCUUUCAACGUGGUCGACCACGGUAACACCCGUCAGGAAGACAUUGCCAAUGCCUUGACGACUGUUUUCGGUCUGAAUUGCUCGUUCCUGGGAUCCUUGGCAUCGCAGUUGGCGAAGCUGAACAUGGAUGACGUUGUGGAUGAUAUGAACGAGGAAUGUCUGCAGGUCUGGGCGGAGCUGCUCGAGGAGAAGAAGAUCGAACGACCCGGCCCUAUCGGUCCGUUCUUGGAGAAGGAUAUCCUCAAGGACUCGGACAUGUGUCUAGAUGGCUCUCUUUUCGAGAAGACCACCGGCUGGAAGCCCACCCGGGAAAGCUUCGGCGCCGACAGUGUGCGGGACAUGGUUGACAGCUACAAACGCAUGGGCUGGUGGCCGUAA